GUUGCAACGUUCGGCGUCGCUGAAAACAUGCAGCCAUGGCUGAAAUCUUCAAAAACGGCACGUUACGGAGAAGAGACUGUUUAGUUUCUUUCUUGGUAGUAGGCCCAGUCGAGUCAUGUAAGAAAAUCUCAGAAGGCCUCUAUCAAAAUGCAAAGGAAAGAGGAUGGGAUAUAACUGUACAUCAGUGCGAGUCCAUAGCAGAUGUUGUGAGAGCAAGAAUAGACAUCUCUGUAGACUUCAUUAUUUUUGCUUUUGAUUUGAGAGCUGCGUAUACCUUGUCAGAAGUAGAAACUAAUAUAGCCAAGGUAGAUGAAUAUUACAUAUUGUCUGGAGCAACCUGCCUGGUAAACUGUGUCGGAGUGUCCAAUAUUAUGGGACUGAUCCACAAAUCGAAGAGUCUUUGCCACAAGUAUAAAAUUCGUUUUCUUUCUGCCAAUGUUUCUAAUCCAAAGUCUUACGUUAACUUGGCAGAAAGAAUUUUUUGUAUUGCAGAGGCAGUAUUGGGAUUAAAUAAUGGUAUACCAGUCAUUGGAACUGUAGCAACAAUUGAGACAAUAUAAUCAAAGUGAUUCGAUCACUUUGUUCAACACUUUCAUUACAAAGAUUGAUUUAAUCAAUUUUUUAAUUAUUAUAUAGGCUGCUAAGACUGACGUAUUAAAAUGAGAAAGUCGAGUAAUAAGACUCAGGCGUAUGCCUCAAGCCAGGAAGACAGCGAAAAUGACAGUGACGUGACAGAGUGUAGCAUCGGAAGCAAUUCGACAGCAGGUACUCAUCGCAGCGAUACGCCUACACGCAGUGCUCGAUACAGACGAAAGGGACGUCGAAGGAGCAAAACGACCAAGUAUAAACCGUCCACGGACAAACCGUUGUACAAGUAUUGCUGCAGCGUCAAGGAGGAUCACGGGCAGCCGUUGUUCGGCGUUCAGUUUAAUUAUCACUUGAAAGAGGGCGAGCCGCUGAUUUUUGCUUCAGUGGGCAGCAACCGCGUGAGCAUCUACGAGUGUCCGCAAAGCGGAAAUAUACGGCUGCAACAGUGCUACGCCGAUCCCGACCCGGAAGAGAACUUUUACACGUGCGCGUGGACGUAUGACGAUUCCGGGAAGCCGUUGCUGGCUGUGGCUGGUUCACGGGGAGUUAUCCGUGUCAUCAGUCCGUCGACGAUGACUUGUAUAAAGCACUACAUCGGUCAUGGACACGCGAUAAAUGAGCUAAAGAUACAUCCAAAGGAUCCGAAUAUCAUGUUGUCCGCGUCCAAGGAUCACGCUCUAAGACUAUGGAACAUCAAAACGGACGUGUGCAUCGCGAUCUUUGGAGGCGUUGAGGGUCAUCGGGAUGAGGUUCUAAGCGCCGACUUUGACAUCAGAGGCCAAAGGAUCAUAUCCUGCGGAAUGGAUCACGCUCUCAAAUUGUGGUCGCUGGAAAAACCGGACAUGCAGGAAGCGAUCAAGCAAUCGUAUCAUUGCAAUCCCAGCCGUAACGGCAGACCCUUCGACUCGAUACUUCAACACUUUCCAGACUUCACUACUCGAGAUGUACAUCGGAAUUACGUCGAUUGCGUCAGAUGGUUCGGCGAUUUCAUUCUGAGCAAGUCUUGCGAGAAUUGCAUCGUAUGUUGGAAACCUGGCAGGCUCGAAGACUCGCAAUUGCGUAACGGAGAGACAAGCGCAACGGUUAUGCAUCGCUUCGAAUUUAAGGAGUGCGAUAUUUGGUUUAUACGUUUCUCCAUGGACUUUUGGCAGCGCACAAUUGCUCUGGGGAAUCAAGUCGGUCGAACUUACGUCUGGGACUUGGACGUGGACGAACCCGGACAGGCGCGCUGUUGGGCCCUACAACAUCCCCGUUGCACCGCACCGAUUCGUCAGACAAGUCUGAGUCGAGACGGGUCUGUGUUGCUGUGCGUUUGCGACGACGCUACAAUCUGGAGAUGGAAUCGCGAUCACUGAUUCUCGAAUUUUAUUUUAUGGUUAUUGUACGUGCCUUUGCGUGUGUAUGCGUGUGUGUGUAUAUAAAAAUUUAUAUCGCGAUAAUUUCGCAGUUUUUAAAAACUAAAUCGGAUUUAGAUGAAAACUGUAAGAUCUACAUUUUGUUAUAAGAUUAAUUUGAAUUUUUCAUCAUAAAAAUUUAUUCAUUAAAAUAAUUUUUGAAAAUACAUUUAUCAUACGUGCACGCGAGAAAUUGUACAUGUAUUUAAUAAUUUAUAUUAUUGAAGAUAUCGACAUACACUUGUUUAAGUAAUUGAGGUCAUUUAUUUUAAGUUCUUAAAAUAAAAGGAAGUUUAAUUUUUUUAGCUAUUGCAUUUUUGCAAUGAAUAAGUCAUGACUAUAUCAGUAAAUAUACUCUAUUUGUAGCAUUUUACAAUAUACAUAAAAUUCAUGGGA